AUGGAAACCCUAUUACAUAGCGUACGAAGGAUUAAAAUAAGUGUAAUUUCUCGACCCUUGAGCUAUUCAGCAACUUUACAAUCUAAGCAAUGGCGCCUUUCAAAGGGAUUAUCAGCCAAUCGCACUGCAGAAGGGAUUCUAACAGAUGGCCCUGAUUAUACUUUCUUAGAUGGCCGUCCUACUCCACUAUUGCAAAAGCAAAAACUUAGAAUGCUCAGACAGCAAGACUAUGCUUCUAAAAUUGUGCAGCUUUCUUCAGAACUCGACUUUGUCAAACAGCGGUAUCAAGACAAUUUACAAAAACAACGAGAAGAACGGGAUGCAGUUAUUCAAAAUAGAUUAAAACCAAAAGGAAAACAAAUGAAAAGAAAAUAG